AUGUUAAUUGCCAUUAAUGAAGACGAAACAUUACCAGACCUGAAACGUUCGUCUUUCCAAAAAAUAUUGAAAGAUUUGCAAUUUGAGCAUUAUCGAGCACAGAACAGGCCAAUAUAUUAUUUAGACGAGACGUGGGUCAACGCAGGUGAGACGCAUAACAGAGCAUGGGUUGAUGCCAUAGUCACAUCAUCAAGAUAUGCAUUCCUCAGAGGCCUCACAACAGGACAAAAGGAACCCUCCGGCAAAGGUAAGCGUCUCAUUGUAUUAUUACACAUCGGUUCGUCAGACGGUUUUGUGCCGGGGGGCCUUUUAUGUUUUGAGUCUAAAACCAACUCUACGGACUACCACGAUGAGAUGAAUGGCGAUACGUUUUAUGAAUGGUUUGUCAAAACUCUGCCAUUACUCAAAGAAAACGCCAUAAUUGUAAUGGAUAAUGUCUCAUACCACUCCGUGAAGAAACAUAGGAUACCAGUWAAGUCGUGGAAAAAACAAGCAAUAAUUGAUUGGCUUGAAAGUAAAGGUGUUAUCGAAGAACAUCCUACUGUAAAAAACGAUUUAAUGGAAAAAGUCAACGACAUAAAAAAUCAGUACGACCAAUACAAAGGCGUGGAACACGUAACUCCGGAAACGUGGAAAAAUUUUAUCGAACAUGUAAAAAAGGUGGAAGACAAGUUUUGGGACAUAKAAGACGUUACGGAUUCAGUGAUGGACGAACAACCCGAAGAAGAUCGUCAUGUUCUAACGAUAGGAACAGGUGAUACAAGUUCUUCUGAUUAA